UGGCUAUUUUAAAAACGUAUAUGCACGACUGACACUAUGCUCGCUCGAAGGUAGGCUUAUUGCUUAAUUAAUAUUUCUAGUGGUGUUAUUACCAAGUUGAUAGCGAUUGCGUGUUUGGUUUUGUAUUGUUUCAGCUUUAGAACUAACUAAAACAGCUGGAGUAACGCGCGUCCCGAGCAGAGCGAGAAUCCCUGACUGUAUUCGGGGGGAAAUGUGGCUCGCCUACACCAGCCAAUCGAAAGAGAAUUGGUCUGAGACUCAUAGCUGAUAGGAAAUCCCCACACACAUUCACUGGCAUUUAAACUGUGAAACAGCUGGCCCAACUCAAGAAGGAAAUGUAACAAGUUGGACUGGGAAAGGAAUUCGAAUGCGGAGACGAAAUAAUUCAUACUAAUACUAAUAGAAUAAACGUUUAGUACCAACGUUACACGGAUCGACGCUGUAUGCCGUACUCCUACCCACUUGCCAGUGGCACUGGUGCUAGAUGGCUAGUAAAUUGGCGAACUGAACGUGGGAAGCUAGCGAGUUCAGCCACUUCACAAUAGUAAACUUAAAACGUCUAAGUGUUGCAACAUCAGAAAUCGUCAUUUGCAAACUCCCUCACGUUUCGUUUAACUCCUUGGCAAGAGGAAGGGGCGAGGAGCAGUUUCCACGCUUGGAAUAUUCUGUUUUUUCCAGAUGCAGUGUGGAAUUAUUUUCUCCAGUCAUUUCUUUAAUUGCUUCUGUUUCUGUUUGGAUUUUUUUCGCCUGUUUGUGAAGACAGGUUCCACACCUUUUUUUUCAAAUGGUCCUGUCAUGGAGACUCAAAUGAAAGUCAUACUUCUCUGAGGUUUGUGUGCUCCAGACAGAGCAGACCGCGGACAUCGUCAGAGAGAGAAGAGUCAGUUUCCACUUGGGCUGAGUUUAGGCUAUCACUGACGGAUUAACCAUCCCCCAUCCAAGAAUAAAACCAGACCAAGGCUGCAGGACCAGGCCUGCAAAAAAGGAACUUAUUCCCCCCCCCAAACGAUUCUUCACAUUUUGUGAAACUGUCAAACUACCUCAAGUUCUUUUUUUUUGACGGUUUCCUGUUCUGCAGAAAGUUAACGAGGGGGAGGGAGUACUCUCUCGCCCUCUCUUUUUCUCUCUCAUCUCUGCCCCUCUUUCUGUCUCACCGGGGGUCGUCAUGACGACUGCCGUCCAACCAACAGAACUGGUGUUUGAGUUUGCCAGUAAUGGGAUGGACGAAAUGAACCAGCUGGACGACCCGUCAGUGUUUCCUGCGGUGAUCGUGGAGCAGGUGCCAGCAGCUGACCUCAUGCAGGUGUACUCCGGGCUGGAGUCAGACGAGGUUCCCAACGGCAUUAUGGCCGACAACUCCCUGGACGUAGCGGAGGAGCAGAUAAUGGGCGGAGACAUCGGGCUCUCGGAAGCAGCAUGCACAGACUCAGAGGAGAACAUGGAGACCAUAGAGGCAGCAGAAGCUCUGCUGAACAUGGAGUCUCCCAACAACAUCCUGGAUGAAAAGCGCAUGAUCCACUCCUACAACACCCUGCUGGACCCUGACCUGACCUACAUCUCCUUGCGACCGGAGCAGCUGUCCAGCAAUGGCGUGCACAUGUCGCAUGUGGAAGAAGAGUCCGCGGACGAGGUCCCGUCGAGGAGCCCCGGCAAAGCCCAGCGGAAAAGCAAAGCACGCAAACCGCGAGUGCCACGCCCCUGCUCCCCCAUCUCCAACCCCAGCCUGCCACUCAGGAAGAAGAGCAAGGAGGGCAAAGGCAACACCAUCUACCUGUGGGAGUUCCUCCUGGCCCUUCUGCAGGACAAGAACACCUGUCCUAAAUACAUUAAGUGGACACAGAGGGAAAAAGGCAUCUUCAAACUGGUGGACUCCAAGGCCGUGUCCAAGCUGUGGGGCAAACACAAAAACAAGCCGGAUAUGAAUUAUGAGACGAUGGGGCGGGCUCUCAGGUAUUACUACCAGCGAGGGAUCCUGGCCAAAGUGGAGGGGCAGCGGCUGGUGUACCAGUUCAAGGAAAUGCCCUCUGACCUGGUCAUCAUCGAUGAUGACGACGGCCAGGUGCCCGAAUCCGGCCCUGGUCAUGGCGGGCACCGCUCGGGCCCGCACGGCAGGGGCCUCUCCCACGGGACAUCCCGGGUGGGGCGGGGAAAGGCGUCCGGGCAGCCGGUGCUGCUGCGUAGCUUGAAGAGGGAGGCCAGCCCCCCCCUGGUUUAUCGGGGCGGGAAUGACGGACAUCGAGAGCAGCUGCUGCAGACUUUGCACGUUCUGCAGCCCAACCAGGGUGCGGUUGCCCCCUCCCCCACACAGACUGUGAGGACCAUCAACGUGCCCACGUCUGUCCAGGCCUCCGUUCCCAUGGUGCUGACCUCCGGGACGCAGGGCGGAGGCACGGUCACGCUGCAGACCGUGCCGCUCUCCACCGUCCUGGCCAACGGCGACGGCGGCCACAUGGCGCCACAGAGGGUCAUCCUGCACGCCGUGCCCUCCUCCUCCGCGCCCGGGGUCAAGGACGUGCUGAGCUUCCAGACCUCUGGGCUCCAGGACGGCGGGCAGCCCCAGCAGCUGCUGGUGACCAGCCUGGGCUCGUCCUCGGGCGGGGUCAUCAGCACCACCGCCCAGUCUGGGUCGCACAACGGCAUCACCCGCCUGGUCACCCUCAACGCCAGUGGGCAGCCGGUGGUGGCGCAGCAGCCGGGGACGGUCAUCGCGACCGUGCUCAAGCCCAGCGAGUUCCACACUCUGCAGGUGAAAGAGGAAGCGCUGGACCCCCAGUACCUGCAGUCGCUGGUCAACAGCGAAGGCGUGGUGACGUUUCGGCCGGAGGAGGCGGAGGCGGGCAGGGCGGAGCUGGCCUACAGGACUGUCAUCAUCGGGCAGGCCCCGGACGCCGCCCUGAAUGGACGCGUGACGGCCGCCGGAGCCGUGGAGCGCGGCGGCCAGCUGUCCUACAGCCACAGCGAAGGCCUGACGCCCGUGGAGGAGCUGGAAAUCACCGGGGAGUCGGUCCUGCAGCCGGUGGGUGGAGUCAAAGAGGAGGACGGCACCGCUGAGCCCCUCCCCCAAGGCUUCCAGGAGCUGUCCGUCACCAUUCACGUGCCCGCCUCCGACUUCAUCGCCGCCCAAGUGAAGACGGAGCCCGUCGAGACGUAGAGCUGAAGUGAACCUCACCAAAUACCCAAAAAAAACAUUCCUUUUCCAAACCCUUCUGAAAGCGGGGCCUUUUGUAAUUUAUUUCUUUUAAUCGUAAGUCAAGUGUCAGCCCUGGAGGGCAGUUUACUCACAGACAUUGUGCCUAAAUUUGAAUAUAAAGGGAUUAUUUUGUUUGUUUGUGUGUGUAUAUGGCGAUAACCCUCUCAAUAGAGAAUAUCACCUCAGUUGCACCCUCCCACAUGGCCUCCCCAUGGGGACCAGCUUUUCUCAGAACCAAUCUGUGCCUUCCAGCUGUUGCCCACAUAUCUCACCUGACUGUGGAGUUUAUGCCUCAUCAAGCAGACGAACCGGAGGACAGAACCGGCCCUUUGAAGUAGGGCACACAGUGUCACUGUGCUGAGAUGAUUGUAGGGAGACCAAAAAUGGCAGGUGGGAGAGCACAAUUAAAUCAGACCAGCGCCACAAGAAUUACAUUGUUCUUCCCUUUAGAUUUGUCCUUGCAGGAAAAUUUCAGUGAGUCAGAGAGUGACGUGAUGGAAAUGCAGCGCAAGGUCAGAACCGACAGACAUAUUCAGACAUCGGCCUGAACACGUGCCUGAUUAAAAAGCUAUGUCAAUAAUUCCAUUUUCGGGGAAGUCUCGGACUGUCGGAGCUGGAAAGAUAUCCGAACUUUGGGAACUGACGCCCCCUGCCCCUUUCAUCACAACUGUCAGAGAGCUGCAUCUGUGCCUCAGUUACUUGUGGCCUUAAAACAUUGUGUUGCCAUGGGAAUGGGCAUUUUCUGUCCUGUGGGACAGUCCAAUUAUAGCCAUGUUUGUACAGAACUGCAGAAUUCUGGAAAAGCAGCGAUAAAAUGGACCAGAUAUAUUCAGUAUAUUCUGCUUCUAUAUAGUCAGUCACUCUUUAAAACGUUUUAAGAUGUUUAUAAAAAGGAAUAUAUAAUGGUUAAAAAACUACUAGUGAGAGGAAUGUUUAGACUGCAAUUGUAUUUAUUUUGUAGUGACUUCUAAAUUUUAAAUGCUUUGAAAGAGAUUAAGGCACAUUUUUAAAUGACAAAUGCAUAAGCAAAGGAAUACAUAUAUGUGUGUGUGUAUAUAUGUAUAUAUAUAUAAAUAUAUAGAUGUAUAUAUACACACACACACACACACACACAUAUAUAUGUGUAUAUAUAUGUAUAUGUACAUAUACAUAUUUAUGUAUAUAUAUAUAUAUAUAUAUAUAUAUAUAAAUUACAUAAAAUUUAAAAAAGUUUUUCUUUUUUGUAUUGAAACUUUUGAAAAUGUUGGUCAGUUUUCUAUGCAUUCUGGGUAAUCAGCAGAAUUUUUAUAUUUUCUUACUUUUGUGACUUAAAUGGGAAAAACAGAACAUGUGCUUAAUGUGAACUUAAUGUGGGCUUUUUUUCUAUACAAUGUUUCUCUGUUGUUGUCUCUGUACAUAUUCCCCAGGAUGGUCAUAAGUGCAUUUCACAUGCAUCCUGCUGGCACAGUUAUGACCCCUUCUGUAGCAGCAGUUUAUCCAAACCCUCCCUUGUCCAUCCAUUAACUUUUCAAAUUUGUCUUCUUGGUAGCACGUUCAAUGAAUGAUCCUUCAUAAGACCUGUAUAACUCCUUCCUAAGCACUGCUUAGAGCGUUAAUAAGCACGACAAACAUCAACAGGUGCUUAUGUCAAAAACUGCAAAUACGUAAAUAGUGGGUCACCACUAAUUGCAGUUAUUCACAUGAGCAUUUAUGGAUAGCUAUGUAUUGCUUAUGUGCUAGGUAGUGGCUAUGAAGGAGUUAUAGCUCUUAUGAAGGACAAUUCAAAGUUCUUCUUAAGAACUGCAGAGCUUUCUGCAUGCAUCCAGAGAUUUGAGUUUACAUCCAUACCCUCCACAUCUUGCUGUUUGAACAGUGCCUAGUUCCUCUGUUAUAUGCUCUGAGAAGGCAAGACGGCCAUGUCUGCACGUGUGGCCACAACAGUAUUUCUUUAGCCAGUUGAUUGUGAAGAAGGGCUUCAGCUAUAUCAUCAUUAUAUCUACCAGGAGCUAAUAGGCUCAAAUCUGUCCUGAGCCCAGUAUUGCAGACAGUGGGAAUAUGACACAUUUCCAAUCACCCUUUCUUUUGCUAUGACAAUCCAAAUUUGGUUUGUGCAUUUUUAUAUGCUCAGGUGACUUCAUCAGCCUUUUGUCAGGUGCAUUGUUUCACGGUCAGUGUCACAGACCCUCAGGACGCCCUGUGCUUGCUGCCAUCAAAAAACACCAGAGCAACAGAGAAGCUGUCCCCAUAAGCCAGUGUUCCUCCCACGCACAGGACCCAGGAGACCCCCAUGUCCGGCUGUCGGGUGUGGUGUCAUGUCAGUUUCUCUCUCUCUCUCUAUUUCUCUCCCUCUCCAGCAGCCAUUCCAUCUAUUUCCUGUCUUUUGUCAGCCGGGCUGUUGUGUCACAAGCAUAAAAGGUUUUGUGGAAUUCUUUUUCAAAGAGAAAAAAAUAAAACAUUGUCCGCUUUGAAAGCAAAA